CUACCUCGAGAAUUCAAACACAUAUCUUCAAAUUUAAUUUAACAAAAAAUUUCAAACUUAUCAUUCGGUUGCAACAAUAAUAACAAUAUUCCAUAAUAUUCACAUAAUUUAAAAAUAAUUUUUAUAAAUUGAUGGUCGGUUUCAACUAAUCCACACAAUAUGGUAUUACUUGAGGGUUUAAAAGAAGGAUAUUCUUUAUGUAUAUAUGAUAUCAUGAGUUCUAUUCAUCCGUUUUCCUCUAUUGUUGGUUUAAAAUCAGCAAAUAUACUAUAAGAUAGCAAUAUCUACAUUAUAGCUAACCAUAAAAACAAAUUCGUAAUAUCUACAUCUAAUAUAUAUUAAUUACGAUUUUACUAACAGUAUAUUCUGUCUAAAUACCCUAACAGUUCUACUCAUAUAUAUCAAUCUCAGUGCUCUUAAAAUCAACCAUCACCUUAACUAAAACACUUUCAGCCAUGUCUAUGUUUUUUUUUUUUAAACAACAGCGAUGUCUAUGAUUAAGGCUUUUUCGUUACUAAAAGACAUUAAGCCCUACAAAGAGGGAUGGCGCAUCCAAGUGAAGUUGAUUCAUUGGUGAGGCAGAAAACCAAUUAUGGAGGUGAUACUUUUGAGAUGAUUUUCACAGAUGAAACUGUAAAGAGUAUUUGAAUUUUUAUUUUUUUCUCAAAAUCAAUAAUGUGUACUAAGUUUUGAAAUCUGUUUUUGUUUCAGGGUAAUAAAAAUACACUGCUUGACCAGAAAAACUAUCAUACAACGUACCCAUAGUAAAUUACGCCUUGGUGAAUGGCGACUCAUAGACACGUUUACAGUGUCUCAUGCAAGAGGUCAGUAUCGUCCGACAGACCAUCACCUAUAAUAGUCAUCUGCGGUAACAAUUUACCAAGUUUAGGAUGAAGAUUUUGGUAUCUCAAGUGACUGAACAUGGAAGUUGCAAAAGUAAGUUGCUGAUACUGCCUUGAUUGUACACAAACUCAUUAAAAGUUACAUACAAAAUCAACAUGUGUUUUUCAGAAACCGAUCAAACUAAAAAUUAAUGAGUUUAUAAUCUUCAUCUUUGAUCCCAAUCAACAUAAUCAGUUUACGUAUCACCAUAUAUCUAUUCUAUUAAUAUAUAUUCAAUCAAUACUAUUAACAAUCAUGGUUCAUAGUCUGGGUGAUCAAUCCUAGACCUAGCAUUAAGAACAACUAGAUGAAGAACUAUUAAAAUAUCCUAACAACAAUUCAUAUUAUCAAUACAUAGAUCACCCUUUGAAGAACCCUAAUCUAACAAUAAGAAUACUCAAACAUAUUCAUAAGAAACAUGGUCAUGAUAGUAUGAAUAAUACUUAAAGUGAAAUGAGUAUGAAACGUAACAAGACAAACUAAAGAAACAAGGGAGUUUAAAAUCUUUUAUGUUAUGAAGUUCAGAUCUCUCUCUCCUCUCCUAAACUUUCCAACCUAUCAAGUUUGCCUCCUCUUCAAGUGUGUGAUAAUGGUGGAAGAAGUCUCAAUAAGGUCUGCCUCAAAAAUGAUACAAAACCCUGAUAAAUAGCCUAACAUGCGGCCAAGAACUUAUGGUGCAAUAACUUGGAGUUUUGGAUAAAACUUGUAAUUUUCUUAAAUGCUGACUCUCGCUCGUUCGACAUCAAUAGCUCUAUGUCGAUCGAUAGUGGAAGUGAUCUGUCGAUCGAUGUUUAUUUUCAAUAAUUGAUCCACCUUAGUGAUUUCAGCAUAACUCUUAAAAAGGUUCCAAAAUACUCCAAAAUCACUAUUUUCCUCAAAUGAGUACCUAAAGUUGUAAAAGCUCUGAAAAGACUCCAUAUAUAAAAGACUCUACAAAUAUCUAUAAAUUAUGGUUAAAAUGGUUAAAAUCCAUGACAUAUCAUCGUACACACGCAAGAUAGAUGUGUGUUAGUUUACAUUGGAUCUCUAUUGGUGUAUCUAUUUUCUAUAUUUGUUUUGAUAGUUAUCAUUGUUUAAAAAAAAAUUCCUAAAAAGCUUAAUAAUACAAUCGACAAAAAAAAAUUGAAUAUACUCAAUUACACAUUGGGAUAUUUCGCGUGACAAUAGUAUUUCUAAAUUGGCUUUAGGUACAAUAUAUAAGAGUUAUUAUGAAAGGAACAUCUUACUUCAUGUUUCUUAGCUUUAAGUCUAGUGUUAUCAAUUUAAUUCCUACAUUUGGGAAUCGUUGAUCCAGAAAUCUCAUUCCACCGGUUCGAGUACAGAUCAGGUUCUUGUCUUCUAGCUGUUUGUAGGUGGGACCCACUACUUUUCGUUUACGUUUGACGGUUUUAACGCAUCUCGUUUCGAGAAAAAUACCAAAGCAGAGCAAACGCCACCGAACCAAGAACCAAAAGUAGGCAGCAGCAAAGAUCAUAUCAUUAUCUAUGGGGAGGGGAGAUUCAGACACCCAUCCAUGGCGGAACAAAACCUAAACUCUUUAUCAGAGGAGAAGACUGUAAGAGCGCCUAAUGUGUUAGAACGGGUCAAAGAAGAGAUAGAGGCAAUAGGUCAUCAUCCUGAAAAGUCAAGGAGCCACCAUCACAAAGAGACUCAUGGAACAAGUGACGACAUUGACCAGAAUACACCAGUUGAUGAUGUGAAAGGACCUGGUUUCUUUGAACGCGUCAAAGAAGAGGUAGAAGCCAUCGUUAAUGCUGUUGUUACUCCUAAGCAUUCUCCAAAAAAGUGAAUGUUUCAUAGUUACUUCCAAAGCAGCCCCGGGACCGGGACGGGGACCGGAAACUGGGACGGGAGCGGAGACGGGAAACGUCAAACUUAAAAUUUGUAGAUACGAGUACGGCAUAGAAACGGCGACCAUGUUAUAAGAAAAUAUAAAAAUAUCCAUAAGUCAAAAUGUUAAAAUCUGAAACAUAAGCUUUAACAGAAGCAAACACACUUGAUCAAAAUACUAGACAUCAGCAGAAACAAUAGCAAACAUACUUGAUAAAAAUACUAGAUAGCAACAGAAACAGCAACAGAAACAGCAGCAAACACACUUGAUUAAAAUACUAAACAACAACAGAAUAAACUAAUCAUCUAGUAGCCCAUUUUCGAAUUCCGGUUCAUCUAGUGAAAGGUCAGCAAACUCCAAGAAUCCUACAUCUUCCAUAGAAUCAAAUCCAUCUCCACCAACGUCCCACAUCUUGGUCUUUUCAGCUUCAUAUUGAUCAGAAUUCCUUGAUAGAAGUCUUAGGUUGUUGUGGAUGAAAACUAAGUCUUGAGCACGACUAGGAUUUAACCUGUCCCUUCUUAGUGAAUGAAUGAAUGAGUAAGUACUCCAAUUACGCUCAGCACAUGAAGAUGAACUAGGCUGUCCAAGUAACCUAAAAGCCAAAGCUUGGAGUAGAGGAGUUUGAGCACCAAAGUUAGCCCACCAACUUUUGGGAUCCAUAGUAGACAUCAUUGAAAUGGAUGUUAAAUCUUCAAAAGGACCACUCUUCAUCGAGAACAAUGCAUACUCCUGCAUAACUUUCAUGUGAUCCUCAUUGCUUGGAAACAAUCUUCAAAAGCACUUUAUCCUUUCAUGUGAAAUUUCUGCAUCCCUAUGUGGACAUUUUCUUGCCAAAUCUUCAUUCAGCCAAUCAUCACUAUAAAAUCAACAAAAUACAGAACAAUAUAUAAACAUAUAUAUGUGACAAAUGUAAAAUAAAAUGAUAAAUCAUAUAUUAAAAUCAUACCUUAGAUUUAAAGAAUGAGCUAGACAAUGUAGGGGAGUGUUAUUCCUUGUCCAGCGAGCCACCAAAAUUUCAUAAACAACAUUGUAGAAGGGACUGAAUUCAGACAUUGAACGCUUUUCUCUCUUGUAAAUCUCAGCUUUCACCUUCUCGAUCAUAGAAUCCCACAUCUCAUAUACCAAGUGAAGACAUGGUUUGUCGGUGUCACAAAAUCUAAUCAUCUCAUAUAUAGAUCUUGUGAAAUCUAUAAUAUAAGAUACCUUUUCCCACCAGUCAUCAUCUACAACCUUCUCUUUAACAAAGCUUGCUUUCCCAAUUGUCAUCAUCUCUGUAAGUAGACCAUUCUUCACUUAUAACCAUGGCUUGAAGACCCCUUCUGAUCAGCUUCAAUCUCUUAAGCAUCACAAUGAUUGAGGCAAACCGUGUAUCAGCAACCUUAAGUAGUCUCAGCGGACAGAACUUACCAAAAAUGGCUAGUCUCAUGUUGUGGUUUCAUGAUGAAGUUUUUUAUUGCAAUGGCAUCUCCAUGAAUGUCAGUAAUCCAAUUACACUCCUCAUAUGUUUCUUGAUUUGCUUCCACAUACCUUGGUGCACAAAUAUUUUUCAGAGCGAGAUUGAGAGUAUGAACAACACAUGGUGUCCAAUAGAUGUGAGGAAACCUCCCCUCAAUAAGGUCUCCAGCCGCCUUACAAUUUGAAGCAUUAUCUGUGAUGACUUGUACAACAUUUUGAUCGUAUGUAUGUAAGAACAAACUUAAUUUCAUAUUAUCAUAUAUAUCUCUGAGUGUUGGACCUAUGAGGGUUUAAUAGUUUCUAAGUAUGAAGUCUUUCACACGUACCAGAAUUGUGUUGAUUCGCAGUGGAUAUCAGCAACAACAUUGUCUGUCAAUUGAUGAAUAUCCUAUAUUUGUUAGUCAUUUCUCUUGCAAAUGUGACUCAAUGGAACUUGGUUAAGUCCUGGUUCAACAGUUGUUUCUUUAAAAGAUGAAGUCUGUUUGAAACAGAAGGUUUAUAAGUAAACGGGAUUUAUGUAACCAUCCAUAUUCUAUAGGAUGGACAAAUCGAAUAUGUAAAGUGACAAAUUACAAAUAAUAGGAAUAGACAUAAACAAAACUAGGAUAAGACUUGUGCCUUGCGCAUGUUAAAUUUAUAUGAAAAUUAUUUAAACAAUAUUGUAUGAAAAAAAUAAAUGUAUAUUUUUGAUCGAAUUAAUAUUUUGGCCUUUAAAAUUUUUUU